AACUUGCAAAGUGCUUCGACUUUUUGUCUUUACUUUAGUUUUAAUGUCUUUAUUCUGAUUUAUUGUGGCAUGAAUAUGAAUCGAGGAAAGUUAGGGCAACCUAUCCAGAUCCAGAGUUGAAGCGUAUUCAAUGGAGGGAACAGAAUAUACAGUGGAGCCCUCAGUUGAAGGUACCAUGACAAUGAGAAAGGCAGCAUCACCAUGCAACAUUCCAGUGGAUGAAAAAAAAUCUUUAAGGAAAAUGAAACCGUAUGGAUGCGUGAUGUGCAAGAGAGCUUUUAGUAAAGCAUUGAACUUACAGAAGCACAUGAUGGAGGCACACGGCGUAACAGAAGAGAGCGAUGGUGACGAUGAUGAUGAUGAGGUGGUAGACGAGGACAAGGGUGAUGCCAGCCAUGCCCAAAAUCAAGAUGGGGACAGAAUCAACGUCCUUGCAGAUGCAGCUGCCAGUGUACUCGGUGAGUCGUGUCAUAUCUCUGGGGCAGACAGGGAUACCAAUGAUCCCCUUUCAUGUUCCAAUCCAAGAGAUGGCACUCAGGGGAAUCCCUGGAUGGAUACUCACAAAGCAGCAUCAAACUCUGAUAGAGGGGGAACUAGUUCCACUGGGCAGGUCCAAACUGCAGUACUCAUGAACCCCGGUGAUAUCAUUGCGCAGGCUGCAGUAGGUGCCCAAAUCAUUGUCGAUGCAAAGAAUGUAUGUAGGUCAGAAACAAAGCAUUCAGGCAGAGAAGAACUGUCAACUGUAGAAGAUGUUGCUUUUUCCGGCGAUCAUGAUCAUGUUGAAGUGGCAAGUGAUGACGAAUCAGUAUUUUUUCCUGAAAAUGCUACAGGUGUUGUUCGUACUGAUGGAAAAGAACAGUGCAAUGAGACAAUAUCACAAGUGCCUCCUGUGUUGUUGCACAUAGACAAAUCAUCUUCAAAGAUAGCAACUCCGGAACCAAGAAGAUCACCACCUGUCAAGACUGCUGGUGCUUCCAAAGCAACUGGUACAUGUCAGGAAGAUUGUGUCUGUAUCAAUGUGGACGGGCAAAAUGAAAAAUUGAAGAAGAAGCAAAUAACAACAGCAAAAUCAUCUACAAAUAGAUGCAGGAAGACAUCUCAUACCAAAUGCUCCUUCAUAAAUAAAGAAUCAUCUGCAGCAGAGCCAAGACCCGGGAGUGGGGCACUUGAAGGAAGCUCACAGGAAGCUGAUCAUGCCAACCUACAGGACAUCCAGAGAGUUCAAAGGCCCAGUCUCCGAAGGUCUACGAGGUGCUCAAAGAAAAGGGUAGACAGUGAUUUCAUCAGAGAAGGAGAGAGGAAGACGGAGAUGAACAGAUUGAAGAAGGUCGACCAAAGGAAGAUGGAAAAGAAGAGGAAACAGGAAGAUCGGAAGGGAGAGAAGGAGGGAAAGAGACAGGAAGAAACCGAAGAAGAUCUGCCCCAAAGUCCUCAAGAAUGUACAGCCAAAGGAACUAACAGGAAAAGGAAGACUUUAGAGGAGAAAUUAGCUGAGCUUCACAGAGCCCAUGAGGAGACAAUGAAACUCAAUGCCUUUGUUCAAAAUAUCAUCUCUGAUGGUUCAGAUGCCAAGCUAGCAUCGAACCAGAAAUCCUCCACUAGCAGAAAGCGAAAAUGUAACAAAUCAAAGACAUAUGACUGUCUGAGCUGCCAGAAGAAGUUCCACGUGCUCUCUGAGUGCAUAAACCACAUGAAGAAGGCGCACCUGCCAUUCAAGAAGCAGUGUCCAAGAGAAAGUGAAGGAGAACCUGCUUCGUUGGAUGUCUCGCCCUCUCUUGAAGUGGAGGAAGAUAGCGGCGUUGAGGAGGUGUUGGCGCCUCACCAGGAGAACAGUGCUCCCAAAAGGGAAAGAGACACAGGAAAAGUGCCAAAGAUCCUUCAGAAGAGAAAGAGCUCUGGUACAGUUGGAGAAUACGCGUGCGAUUACUGCAGUGAGGUCAGCAAGACCUUAGAGGGACAUCGGUUACACAUGACCUCCCACUGCGGGCUUGUCGAGGAGAAAUGCCACAAGUGCAAGGUGUACGAACCUCGACCCAGUGCGGCUCAGAUUGAAGCGAUCCAAAAGUCUGUUGAAAAAGUCAGAGAGCUGACGGAAUCCAGUGGUUAUGAGUUCAGGCAUGGACGGCAGCUGAUUGAGCAGUUUCUUCAGUGCGUCGUGUGCGGCAGCUGCUUUGCUGUGUACAAUCAUCUUCGGAAUCAUAUGAGUCAACAUAAAGCCAUCGUGUGUCAGGUCUGCAGUAGUGUGUUUCCGAGCACAGAGGCCUUGGGGAAGCACCUCCCCCAUCACAAGACGGGUCCCUUGACGUGCAAAACGUGUGGCCAGACUUUCUUCUCCUCUAAAACACUUCUGACGCACAUACGCAGCCAUAGCAACAAGUUCAGAUGCAAUGAUUGUGGUGUGACAUUCAGGAAUCGAGGCAAUCUAUUGAAACAUCAAAAGCAAAGCCAGGUACAUGGGCAUACGGGAGGAGUAAGGUUUAUCACACAAUCAAAGUAUGAUGGAAAAUCAAAAGUAAUGUGCACAUUUUGCGAAAACCUGUUUUGCUCAGAGAUGACCCUGAGACGUCAUAUUGAAGCUUUUCACCCUGAAAAGGUUGAUGAUCGAGGGAAGUAUGUAUGCGAGAUCUGCGGGGCUGUCAAACACAAUCAUAAAACUCUCCAAGCUCACUUGAUAUGCCACAAUGAACCCAAGCAAAAGUGUCAUAUGUGCGAUAAAGUUUUCUUGCGACCAACCAAUCUUAAGAAUCACAUCCAGCGCGUACACGAGCACAGAAGGGAAUUCACCUGCCAGUACUGUGGCAAGUGUAUCUCCUCGAAUAUGAGUUUGCGGGAUCACGAAAGACUCCACACGGGCGAGAAACCAUUUAAAUGUGUAAAAUGUGGCGAGAGUUUCCGUCUUCGGAAAUCUUAUCAAACCCAUCUUCAGAGUAAACACUUCAAGGACAGGUCCUUCAGGUGCGAUCAGUGCGGGAAGGGUUUCUUCACCCACCACGCGCUCUACAAACACAAGAGGAUUCAUACUCCAAACGUGUGGAGUGUGUGUCCUGAAUGUGGGAAGCAGUUCAAGCGGAAAGAUCUCUUGCAGUACCACGUGGUGCAGUAUCACCGUGGUCAUUUGCGGUGCUCGAAAUGUACGCGACGCUUUAAUUCCGAAAUCUCCCUGAGGUACCACAUGAACAAGAAGCACAAGAUUAACCUUUACCUCAACAACAAUGCUGAGCAGGAUGAUAGUGAAUCCCAGUCACAGACAUCACCUGCUGUCAAGGAUGUUCCUUCUCCAACUGUUAGAUCAGAGAACUCGCCUACUGCCCAAGCAAUUUCUUCUCAAUCUGAUGCACCAGAAGACCCGUCUUACAUCUCACAUAGUUCUGCCAAGAAUAUUAUCGCUGCCACCUUGAUCGAUGCCAACUCAAAAGAUAGUUUUACAGAUGUGGUUUUGAGCAGCAGUGUUGGUCUCCCAUCCACAUCUGUGACCCUUGAGACUUCUCAUGCUUUACCAAGACCAUAUGCUACAGACCAAAGGCUGAGCGAUCCUACAAACGUAGCCAUCUCAACAAUAUUUUCACAACUCUUCGAAAGAAAUAUUGGCUCUGUUCCAGAAUAGUGAUUCAAUUCUAAUGAUAUUAAUAAUAAUAUGCAACAUUUAUAUAGCGCUUAGUACAAAUGUUUUAAAGCUCUGCAUACCAUUACCUCAGCUGUAGCACAGGUACCCUAAUCGGGCACUCGAGCAUUCAAGGAAUUUCUUCCUACCUGGUACCCAUUCACUACACCUUGGUGGAGAUUCACAAAUGUAGAGAAACGCCUUGUCAAUGGACGCAAGUGCUUCGUUUGGGAUUUGAACCCUGAACCUUGUGGUUCAAAGUCUGGAGACUUAUCUAUUAAGCCACAACAGCACUAUGAGGUAUUGUAGAAUACUCAGUAUUAUCAUCUCAAUAUUAAAGGAAACCAAAACCCAAGAAAAGAAGCAAUCUUAUUAGAAAGAGUAAAAUGAGAGGAAC